AUGUCUUCCUCGACCCCCACUCUUAUCAACAUCGGCACUCACUCCCUCGCCCUCUACACUCAUGGCCCAGAACCCAGCAGCUCCAAAGAUCCCGUUGUGUUAUUUAUAGCAGGUGUAGAAAGCACCAGUCGCAUUUGGGCUGCUGUGACACGGCUACUUCCCUCCUCAUUACGCAGCUACAACUACGACCGUUCCGGCUAUGGCAAUUCUGAGCUCUCACCUCUUGCGCCCACAGCGGAGAAUAUUGCUUUAGAACUCUCUUAUCUGAUUGAGAAAGCUUCCAUCUCAAAUCCCCUAAUUCUUGUUGGGCAUUCUUGGGCCGGUGUACUCAUAAACGAAUUCAUUGCCCUUACAGGAAAUGGCCCCCACAUCGCUGGUGUGGUAUUCGUCGAUGCGAAUCACGAGACUGCGCUACAGGUGCUGAAUCCUAAUGAUGCAAAUCUCCAAGCGAUUUCCGAAGGAGUUGAUUUCUUUUCUGGUAUUAGUCUCAGAUCCGAGCAUAAAUUCACCACGGGAGAAUGGGAUGCAUUCGAAGGCGAAGGAGGAACAGAGAAAUACAUGCUACAGGCAAAGAAAGAGGAUGAUGAAUACGCCCCGAGUUUUGAUACUUUGUUAAAGAAAGAGCUGCGGAAUAAGCAGCCGCUUCUUGGAGAUAAACCGGUUUAUGUGAUCGGGGGCCUGAGGAGCAGAGAUUGGAGUGGGUUGUAUAAAGCGGGUGUUGAGAUGGGGAAUGGGACUGAGGAGCAGAGGAGUUAUGUUAGGAACCUGAUCAACAUUGCUGAUGAGAAAAGUGAGGGACUUAUGAAGGAACAUUUGAAACUUUCCACGAGGGGAAAACUUGUGUUUGCUGACGAGAGUGGUCACUUUAUCCUGGUAACGCAGCCGGAUAUGGUUGUAGACGGAGUGAAAUGGGUCUUGGAUGAACAGCAAAAUUCCUAG